GAGUUUGCAAGCUGGUCACACUAACCGGGCUGCACGUGUAAAGUUUGUUUUUUCUGGACUCCGUGGGAAAUUGCUUAAUUUACUGAAAAUUAGCCCAGAAAAAACACGAUGAAGUGGACUACGGCGAAUGUCAAGCACCCCAACUAUACCGCGAAACAUGAACUCUUCGUGGGAACACACACGGGCUCCUUCAAACACUUGUUGCCUGCUUCGGAAGACUCGCCCCAUGGGCAACGCAACCUUAGCGACCUGAGUGCCCUGGACAAGGAAUCUCGCGUUACCUCCAUGGCCUUUGGCGACGAGGCUCAGACGGAGAUCCUGCUAGGUCGAGCCAAAAACACUGCCGAACUGCAUGCCUUGGCGGACGCUAGCGGUUCCAAGAAAACCGUCAGCUUCAAGGCAGCCCCCAUCGUGGGUCUGGCCCGUUUCAAUGACAAACUGAUUGCCGGCAUUGGCAAUGGAGAGAUACAAAGCCUGGAGCUGGGGUCUGAUGAGGCUGCCGAGCCUGUGGUCAUCAGUACGGGCACUCAGAUGGAUCAUCUGCGUCAGUGCUUACAGUCAAGGAACAUUGUGGCCACCGGUGGCAAGGAGCGACAGAAUAACCUAAAGGUCUACGAUCUGAGUUCAGACGGAAAACAGAUCUUCACCUCCAAGAACUUGCCCAAUGACUAUCUGCAACUGGAGGUGCCAGUCUGGGACAGCGAUGUCGGCUUCGUGGACGGCCCCAGUGUGCUGGCCACCUGCUCGCGAACAGGGUACGUUCGCCUCUACGAUACGCGCAAGCAGCGCCGGCCGGUGGCUUGCUUUGCCAGCGAAGAGCACGGUAUGAGCUUUGCGGCUCUGGUGGCCCGAGGUAACUACAUCUACACGGGCACCACCAUGGGUGCAUUGAAGGCCUUUGACACUCGGCGCAUGAAAACUCAUGUGCACACCUACAAGGGAUUUACCGGCGGCAUCAGCGAUCUUCAUUUGGAUGCCACCGGGCGGUACUUGAGCUCGGCUAGCUUGGAUCGCUACGUGCGAAUCCAUGAUGCUGAUUCGACUGUUCUGCUCUACCAGUGCUAUGUCAAGUCUAAGGUCACCAAGGUGCUCAUACGGCAGGUGGAGGACGAGAAACUCGACGAAGCGGAGACUACGGCGGAAGAGAUAUCCCAACCUAAGAAGGAUAAGAUAAUCAAGGCAACGCCAUUGGACGAUGAAUACGAGGAUAUGUUUGACCAGAUGCCCACUGUGGGUGACAGUGACAGCGACAGUGCAGCCGAUAGUGACGACGAUGCCGAAGCGGAAGAGGAGGCGCCCAAAAAGUCGAAAAAGACUAAGCAGAAGCGAAAGGCCCCCAACACAUCUCUGAAAACUAAAAAGAAAAAGUUGUGAACAUCAUUUAUUAACGUGUUGAUAAGUUCCAUAGCUUAACGAAAAGUUUUAAAUAUAAGAUUAUAGAUAAAAA